GUUCCAGUUCCACAGCUGAGAGAGAGAGCAGAAUGUAGGCCACGCUCCUCUGGCCGUUAUUUUGCGUAUGUUACGUCUGACGUCAGAUCGUCUGCUGGCCGAAUGUUUACAUCCAGCAGUGCUUCUGUUCUUCUGACUGGAUCUUCACAACAACAAAAGGCUGAACACGAGGAAACCCGCUAAGACAGAGAAUAUCAGUCGGCAUUUUCACAAGUCAACAUGGGGGGAGCUGUAAGUGCUGGUGAGGACAAUGACGACUUGAUUGACAACCUGAAGGAGGCUUACUACAUCCGCUCAGACCUAGUGGAGCGGGCUUUCCGAGCUAUCGACCGGGCUGACUAUUACCUGGAUGAAUACCGUGACAAUGCUUACAAGGACUUGGCAUGGCGGCAUGGAAACAUCCACCUAUCUGCACCGUGUAUCUACUCUGAGGUGAUGGAGGCUUUGGAUCUCCACCCUUGCCUCUCCUUCCUCAACCUCGGAAGUGGGACUGGCUACCUCAGCACCAUGGUCGGCCUCAUAUUGGGACCAUUUGGAGUGAAUCAUGGAAUAGAGUUACAUGCAGAUGUGAUUGAGUAUGCCUAUCAGAAGCUUGACUCCUUCAUCAAAACCAGCGACAGCUUUGACAAAUUUGAAUUCUGUGAGCCAUCCUUUGUUGUGGGUAACUGCCUGGAGAUUCCUCCAGAGAGCCGUCAGUAUGACAGGGUGUACUGCGGGGCCGGGGUGCAGAAGGAGCAUGAGGAUUACAUGAAGAACCUGCUCAAGGUGGGGGGCAUCCUGGUGAUGCCUCUUGAGGAAAAGUUGACCAAGAUCACGCGCACAGGGCUGAACAGCUGGGAGACCAAAAAGAUCAUUUCUGUGUCCUUCGCUCCUCUGGUGCUGCCUAAACACAUCACAAAUGGCAAACCCAAGGCUGUCCCACUACCCAAGUAUGAGGUACGGACGCUACAGGAGCUGGCCCGCAUCUGCAUCCGCCACACCCUCCGAGUGACCACCGACGGAGGAGACAGCCAAUCGCGCGGCCGCGGUUCCUCGUUCAGCGUCGGCCGGGGUCUGGCGGUGGCCGGCCUCCACAAGUACGGCCCUCGCUUCAAGCGCAGACGCGUCCACCGGCGCCACUGCAACGCCCUGGUCCUGGCCACGCGUCAGGUGGUGGCCAGCAGUGGCUUCGGCCCCGCUCCCCUGGACAGCAACAACAACCAGGGAGGAAGAGCGGAGGACGAGGAGGAGGACGCGGCGGCGGCGGGAGAGAGGGAGGCGAGGCGGCAGAUGAGAGGGAGCAGGAGGGCGGGGAGAGGAGCAGGAGGGCCAGCGGCGGCAGCGGUGGUGGAGGAGGACGAGACGGUGGAGGAAGAAGACGAAGAGGAAGAGCACGAGGAGGAAGAGGAGAAGGAGACGGGGGAGCUGCUCCGACCCCAGCCGGCCAUCAACGUCCUCCGAGAGAGGAUACUGGGCCUGCCGCUGCCCGAGCCACUGAAGAUGUACCUGCUGUACUACAGAGAGAAAUGAGCCACGGCCGUGUUGGGAGUCAGAGCUCGGAGUGGAGCGCGACGACCGCGCAGAGGCUCAAGUCUCUGUUACGACCCCCCACCACCACCACCACCUGUACAAGGCAGGACCAGGACUAGGGCUGGGUACCGAAUUCAAUACUUUUUAGCCACUGUACCGAAUUCCCUCCGUAGUAUCGAAAAAAAUGCCUCGUGAUUCAAUACCAAAUUUCAAUACCUAGAGGAAUAAAUCUCAUCAGCAUCAGUGAGCCAAU